AUGACUCCGUUUACGGUUAUGCGAGAAGGACCUAACAUUAUUGGAUUACGGUGCACAGCUUUCGGAUAUUUGAAUAGUUUAGUGCACAUUGUUCUCUUCUGCGUUUGUUAUGUUAUGGCAUUAAUACACAGGGAAAGUGUAACACGUUAUUUUUUUCAAACUGAUAUCAGUUCCCUGGGAGAUGUUCUACAAAUGAUGACUGGAAUAGCGGCACUCGUGUUGACAUACUUUUACACUGUUUUUCAACGUAAUAAGCUAAUUUACGCCUAUAAUUUGUUGGCAAACACCGAUGAGCAGUUCAAAGAUAUUGGAAUUGAAAUCAAUUAUAGAAAAACACUGGCAUACAAUUACGCGAUUACAUUUGCCCAAGCUUUGAUUCUUAGCAUUAACUGUGGUGUUUCUAUUGGCAUAACUCAAUUUUCUGACAUACAUCCAGGAUUUACAGCAUGGGUAUCGUUUUUUCUACCGUUUAUAAUGAUAAGCUUGGUCAUAUUACUGUUCCUGUGCCUGGUUCAUCAAGCCAAACAUCGGUUCUAUCUGUUGAACAAAAACCUCGAAUAUCUUCGACAAAGAAGUUUAGAACAGAAACUUUUCACUCGUGACAAAAACCCGACCACACUGAAAGUAGUGAAACCACCUGGACUAUCGUCGACAUAUUCUAUCGGAAGUAACUAUCUGCCCGACAUGAUUAACCGAGUGGCACGCAUCCAGGACGAACUUUGCGAGGCUUGCUGCUGCGUGGAGGAAUACUUCAAGAUUCAGAUGCUAGCCAUCGUGACCAUUUCCUUUCUGAUAAUAGUGUUUGAUUCGUAUUAUAUAUUGGAAACGGUUUUCACCGAAUCCUAUGUGCACACGACUUUCAGCCAGAUUCAGUUUGUGGUGUUUUUCUUCUGUCAGGCGAUCCUGCAUGCGAUCGGGGUUUUUAAAAUUGUGUACUUUAGCAGUGCGGCAGCCAAAGAGGUAGGUUUAAAAAUGUUUGGGUGA